AACUAAACUCACCCCAAACUUUUAUUGUCGAUUUUAAUCAUCACACAAUCCAUAAAAUCAUGUCUACUACACCCAAACCUGCCAUUACUGAAAAGUAUCACUUUCGCAGAGAAAUUGGUCGUGGUGCUUAUGGCUCUGUCUGGGCUGCAAAAGAACUUGCUACUCAACGAGACGUUGCUGUCAAAAAAGUUGGAGCUCGCAACUUUAACGAAACUAUUCUUACCAAGCGAGCACUUCGAGAAAUCAAGCUUCUUCGCCAUCUAAAUGGCCAUGAUAAUAUUGCGCUCCUAAUAGAUGUUGAAAUCAACAGCAAUACCAGCAAUUUUACCGAGCUAUAUGUUGUCGAGGGAAUUAUGGAGGCUGAUUUGAAUCAGAUUAUCCAGUCUGGUCAACAACUCACCAAGCAGCAUUUUCAAUACUUUUUAUACCAACUUUUACGCGGGCUCAAGUGGAUGCAUUCUGCCAACAUCAUCCAUCGUGAUCUCAAGCCUGGCAACCUUCUCGUAAACAGCGACUGCGAACUUCGUAUUUGUGAUUUUGGAUUGGCUCGUGGUAUUUCAGAUGUCAAUUCUCAUCUGGUCAACACCGAGUAUGUGGCCACUCGUUACUAUCGUGCACCAGAGGUGGUGUUAUCACCCAAGCACUAUACCAAAGCCAUUGAUCUAUGGUCAGUUGGGUGCAUUUUUGGUGAAAUGCUUACCGGCCGUGUUCUUUUCAAGGGUGCAGAUUACAUUGAUCAGCUUGAAAAGAUUUUCAAAGUUCUUGGAACUCCACAGGAUCCUGCGCUAACCCGACUAUGUAGCUCGCGUGUAUUCAAGUACCUUCGUGCAUGGCCCAAACGCAGUAAAAUGCCAUUAGAACAAGCAUUCCCUCGUGCAGAUGCUGAAGGUCUUGAUUUUAUCGACAAGCUACUUGUGUUUGAUGCCAGUCAUCGUAUCACUGCAGAUGAGGCUCUUGCACACCCCUUCCUUGCUGUAUAUCAUUUUUCAGAUGACGAGCCAAGCCAUCCAGCUCUUUUUGAUUUUGGGUUUGAGGAAGCCAAGACAAUUGAGGAAAUCAAAGAGUUGAUUGUUACCGAGGUUGCCGAGUUUAAAAAAUCACAGCAACAUCCUACCCCUGAAGCUUUUAAAAGUCCAGUGCGCACUCAACUUAGCAAAGGACCAGAGAUUGACGAAAAGGCAGUCCAGGAUCUACCUCGAUAUGAAGAGGAGAUUGCCCCAGACGGACCCAACAGUCUUGAGGAAGAGCUUCAAAUCCGAGAUCUCAACAUCCGUAACGACUAAUCUCAUCUAGAUGCGUGUUUUCUAGUCAAGUUUAAGCAAUUGAACAGUAGAAUCAGCUAGACCCAAUUGCCUCCACUUUGAUCCUACUGUUUUUCGUUCAAAAAUAAAUAAACUGAUUAUUACCCCUUUA